AUGCCCGCGGCAAUACAUUCUAUCGAAGAGUACGAUAUAAUCAUCGUUGGAGCAGGUGUCGUUGGCACUGCUGCUGCAAAGGCAUUCGGUAGUAGUGGACGCCGUGUAUUGCUUCUUGAACGCGAUUUAUCUGAACCCGAUCGCAUUGUGGGUGAACUCUUACAACCUGGUGGCGUCAAUUCCCUUAUCGAACUCGGAUUAGAAGACUGUAUUGAGGAUAUUGAUGGCAUUCCGUGCUAUGGCUAUGGUGUAUUCCGCAAUGAGGAGGUAGUGCAUAUUCCAUAUCCGACGGAUGAAGGAACGGGCAAGCAGGCUAUGGGCAAGUCGUUCCAUCACGGCAAAUUCAUUCAGAAACUACGAGCAGCAGCAACCAACACGAAAAAUCAUUUCGCACCGCUCACCAUUGUAUGCGAUGGCUUGUUCUCAAGGUUCCGCAAAGAAUUUACAGAGAAAACACCUGACGUCCGGUCUCAUUUUGUUGGUUUCGAAAUUAAGGAUCUGACACUGCCUAUGCCAAACCAUGGUCAUGUCAUUUUGGCCAAACCUGCACCAGUGCUUAUGUAUCAGAUCGGCACUCACGAGACCCGUGUGCUUGUGGAUGUACCGGGACAACUUCCUUCCGUAUCCACUGGAGAGCUCAAAAAGUAUAUGCAAGAAGUGGUUGCACCGGGAAUCCCAGAAAGUCUUCGGGAGAAAUUCAUCGGAGCCUUGGAGACAGAACGAUUACGAUCCAUGCCAAACAGUUUCUUACCACCGUCAUCAAAUCAAAGCUGUGGCCUUAUUGUCUUGGGCGAUGCAAUGAACAUGCGCCAUCCUUUAACUGGAGGUGGCAUGACCGUUGCACUCAACGACGUAGUGCUCCUAAAAGAUUACCUUUCACCCGAAAGUAUACCCUCACUCACAGAAGCGGAUGUGGUCGUCCAACAAAUGGAUGCGUUCCACUGGGCACGGAAACGGUAUUGCACAGCCAUCAAUGUGUUGGCCAUGGCCUUGUACCGUCUUUUUGCAGCAGAAGAUGAGAACCUUGCUGUAUUGCAGCGUGGUUGUUUUGAAUACUUCAAGUUGGGCGGCGCCUGUGUGGAUGGACCGGUGGGUUUAUUAUCUGGAUUGAUCCAACGACCUUUUGUGCUUGUCUACCACUUCUUUGCCGUCGCCUUCUACGCCAUCUUUUGCGAGUUCAAACGUGGCGGCUGGAGUCAAGCCCCGCUUAAUAUCUUGCGCAUCUUUACUGUACUGUAUGCUGCCUGCGUGACAAUCAUGCCGUACCUUUGGUCCGAAACUAAAAGCUAA